AUGAAACCAGCUCUGGAAAAGUACAUGGAAGAGCUUGCAAAAACAAAGAAAAGCGUUAAAGUCGUGGUUAGGGGCGAUAGAACAGUAGAGGGCAAGAUACAGGCUAUAGACAAACAUAUGAAUGUUCUACUCCGAGAAAGCAUCGAAACAAAAGUGCAAAAAGGAUGUAACACAAAAGGCGUGAAAAGAAGAAAUGAAAAAAUAUUUGUAAGAUCACUGGGAAACGUCUUCAUCAGAGGAGAGACAGUUAUUUCGCUGCACAUCGACUAG